GCAGAGCAUGGAGAAUGAUGAACUUCCGCCAGAGGAUGGGAUGGAUUGGUGUGGGGUUGUAUCUGUUAGCAAGUGCUGCAGCUUUUUACUAUGUCUUUGAAAUCAAUGAGACUUACAACAAACUAGCACUGGAGCACAUUCAACAACACCCUGAAGAGCCAAGAGAAGGAACCACAUGGACACACUCCUUAAAAGCACAACUGCUGUCCCUGCCUUUUUGGUUCUGGACUAUUAUAUUUUUAAUACCAUAUUUACAGAUGUUUUUGUUCCUUUAUUCCUGUACAAGAGCUGACCCCAAAACCGUGGGGUAUUGCAUCAUUCCAAUCUGCUUGGCUGUUGUUUGUAAUCGGCACCAAACAUUUGUGAAGGCCUCUAAUCAGAUUAGUAGAUUACAGUUGAUUGACACUUAAUUCAAUCUCUGGUUUGAGCUAUUUCUGGAACACCACCUAUGUCUGACCUAAUCAUAAGACUCAGCUUCUGAAUGGAAGGUCCUUUCCUUUCAAACUGCUAAAUACUGAAGAGUAGCUGCUUUAUACUUAGUGUUUUUUAAAGUAUGGAUCCAUCUGAAUAGCAGAGCCCUGUGAGAGACUUGAUGGGAACAAUUCUCAUUCUGCCUUAUGAUGCAAAAUUGCCAUCUUCCUUCUGAAGUAUUCUGUGGGGGAAAUAUACUUCUGCAAUCAUACUCCACUGUGCAAAAAAAUUACCUGCAAGCUUUCCCUUUGAAUCGAUGAAAAUGGACACUUUUGUGAUAAAUGUGAAAGAUUAGAACAUGCUGAUAAAAAGCUGCAUUGAACACA